AUGUCUGGAACUACCGUAGAGCCACGGUCCAAACAGAUGCAGCUGCGGGACGUCACCGUUCAUCAUACACCUGCAGCAGAUACUGUGGCUGAGGGUGUAUAUGAGAAUGAUGCUGAUAUGGCUGAGGGUGUUUAUGAAAAUGAAAAUGAUGUGGAUGAAGAUGUUCAUGAGAAUGAUGCUGAUAUGGCUGAGGGUGUUUAUGAGAAUGACAAUGAUGUGACUAAAGAUGUUUAUGAGAAUGACAAUGAUGUGGCUGAAGAUGUUUAUGAGAAUGACAAUGAUGUGGCUGAAGAUUUUAGGAUUCUCUUAGUUGUUACAGACGGGGGACCUGCGCCUGUUGCCCAGAUGCCGCCCUUCCUCACGAGCUCUCAGUGGGCUUGUGUAGUCAUCACCGCAUCCGCUGCAGUGGCAAUGCUGCUGUUGGGCCUCUUCAUCACGGGGCACACAGAAUCCCGUCCACCCAACCCUCCGUACCCUACAGCACCGACGACAAUCGUACAUGCUGGACAAAUCCCGACAGACAAUGCCGCUACAGCUGCAGCGUACACUGUUGUGUGGGCAGCUAACACAAAUGUUCUAUCAUCCACCUCACACGGCUACACAGCACAGUCGACAAUUGUGACACCUACCGCAACUCUGGGAAAGGACGCUCACACCUCUGUCAACAAGGAAGAGACGACUGAAGAAGGUGGAAAGCGUCACGUCAUCACGUUUGGUGGGCGGGGAUCGACACUGGGAAAGUUUGCUCACCUGAGUGGGGUUGUUGUAUCUAAUAUCGAGAUAUUCAUAGCUGAUUAUGAUCAUGAUAACGGUCGUGUCCAAGUUUUUAACAUGAAGGGUGAUUAUGUUCUUCAUUUCCUGACAACUGUGCCUGGAAAAGCCGGUCGGACCUUUUUUCCACAGGACAUAUCAAUUGACGACAACGGCAACCUAUGGGUAGUGGGGAGGUUGGCAUUCUUUGGCUCCUAUGUAGUACAGUACAACAGAGAUGGUCAAGCUUUGACUAAGUUUGAGGUUAAACGCGGGUCAAGUGCGAUUGCCGUGAAUUUACAAAGUAAACACAUUCUUGUCACUAGAUAUGGCAUGCAAGCUUGUGAUAUUGACAUAUUUCAGCCAAACGGCUUGUUUGUGAGGACGCUUGAUACAGAUACUUCAUGUGAACACAUGCUUGCCGCAAACAGGGAGGGAAACAUUAUUACGACAAGAAACAACAUGGUUCAGGUAUAUGACCAGACAGGACAUCUUCUGUUCACCUUUGGUGGCUCCGGUGUGCUAAAAUAUAUCCGAGGUAUCUGUGCGGACAUUACUGGUCAUAUCUUGGUGUCAGAUGAGGGAAAUAUGGGCGAAAAAGGUCGGGUUUCCAUGUUUUCGAGUCGCGGACACUUUGUUCGCGAUGUGGUCACUGGUUUGAAUAUGGUAGAACGUAUCGCCGUGGGAGUAGAAGGACAGCUAGUGGUGACUGAUGUAAGGGAUAGAACUGUAACUAUUUAUACCACUUACUAAUGGGGAUAGCGCUCCUUUCUCCAGCUUUUUACAUGGCAAAU